UCCUGAAGGUGUGGCUUUCUCCUCAGGCCGUUCCUUCGCCGCGCUAUUGGCCUAGUCUUUUCUGGGUGGGGCGCAGCUUUCUCCCUCAGGCCCCGCCCCCUCCGCCGUGUUUGCGGAGUCUCUUCCGGUGGGCGCGGUCUUCUCCUCAGGCCCCGCCCUCGCCCCGUGGUAUAAGAGGCACGCAGCGGCCGGUCCCCAGCGGUCUUCGGUCCGGCUGUCCCGCGUGUGCGUGUACGUAGUUCGAGCCUGCUUCGUUCGUAGUCUCUAGCUCUUCCUUAUCGCGGGUUCGAGCAUCGGGCCGGUCUGUUUUGUUUUUUGUUUUUUGUUUUUUGUUUUUGGGUUCGGGACCGUCGCCUCCAUGCUGUUCGAUAAGGUGAAGGCGUUCGUGGUAGAGCUGGACGGGGCCCGCGCGGGCACCGAGCCGGUGUUCCACGGAGGCCAGGCCGUGUCAGGCCGCGUACUGUUGGAGCUUGCGGGCGCGGCACGCGUGGGCGCGCUCAGGCUGCGCGCUCGGGGCCGCGCGCGCGCGCACUGGACCGAGUCGCGCAGCGCGGGCUCCAGCACUGCUUACACUCAGAGUUACAGCGAGCGCGUGGAAGUCGUGAACCACCGCGCCACGCUGCUCGCGCCAGACUCGGGGGACAUCGCCACGCUUCCCGCUGGACGCCACGAGUUUCCCUUCAGCUUCCAGCUGCCUAUCUCCCUGGUGACAUCCUUCGAGGGCAAACACGGCAGCGUCCGCUACUCCAUAAAAGCCACCCUGCACCGGCCAUGGGUCCCUGCGCGCCGCGCCCGGAAGGUGUUCACAGUCAUUGAACCCGUGGACAUAAACACACCUGCCCUGCUGGAACCCCAGGCUGGAGUCCGGGAGAAGGUGGCCCGAUCCUGGUACUGCACCCGUGGCCUUGUGUCCCUCUCAGCCAAGAUUGACCGCAAAGGCUACACUCCAGGAGAGGUCAUCCCUAUCUUUGCGGAGAUUGACAAUGGUUCCACAAGAGCUGUGCAGCCUCGCGCUGCCCUAGUACAGACACAGACCUUCAUGGCCCGGGGUGCCCGCAAGCAGAAGCGUGCUGUGGUGGCCAGUGUGGACGGGGAGCCUGUGGGCCCUGGUCGCCGUGCGCUGUGGCCAGGUCGCGCACUUCGUAUCCCCCCAGUGGGCCCAUCCAUCUUGCACUGCCGCGUGCUCAGUGUGGACUACUCACUCAAGGUCUUCGUGGACAUCCCAGGCUCUUCUAAGCUGCUGCUGGAGCUGCCGCUGGUCAUCGGCACGGUCCCCCUGCAUCCUCUGGGCAGCCGCUCUGCUAGCGUGGGCAGCCGUGCCAGCUUCCUACAAGACUGGGGCGUGUGCACCCUGAUGGAUCGGCCAGAGGCUCCACCUGAGUACUCAGAGGUGGUGAGGGAGAGCCAGGUGGUAGCUGUGUCACAGGGGCCCUCCUCCCUCCUGCACGACCCAGGUGUGACCACAGAAGGGCCCUACUUUGCCUGUCUCCAGGAGUUCCGCUACCGCCCACCUCCUCUGUACUCCGAGGAGGACCCUAACCCACCCUCAGAGGCUGUGAGGCCACGCUGCAUGACCUGCUGAUCCAUGGGCUGAUACCUCGCUACCAGGUUCACAGUCUUUGGCCACUGAAGUUCCACCAUCUGCUUUGGGAACACAGGGUUACAUAAGGUCGAGUGUCUUCCAACAUCACACAGGAGCAGUACGGCUUCCGUGGACAGUUCAUCUUCUCAAAGCUUCCAGUUCUCUGCAUUUGACCCACCAACGAGGCUGUUGAGCAAUGCUCCUCUAGGGGGUUAUAGUUUGGGAGAGAUGAAUCUAGGGGUGGACACUUCCAGUCUCAUGGAACCAGAACCAGCUAGAAGUCCAGAGGGGAGGCAGAAGGCUUCCAAAGAGCAUUUCAGCUGAGGCUUGGAUGUAUGGACAGGGACUCAGCAAGCAGACAAGCACAGAGGAAAUGGUCAGAGCAGACAGCGCCCGUUCCUUCUUCCUAGGGUUGGGAGCCCAGGCAUUUAGGUGCUUAGAUAUGGCCUCCCUGUGAGGUUAGCAGAGCAGAGAGAGAGCCCAGGGACAGACACAAAGAAGUCAUCGGGUCUAAUCCCAGCACUGGGAGGCAGAGGCAGGCAGAUUUCUGAGUUCGAGGCCAGCCAGGGCUACACAGAGAAACCCUGUCUCGAAAAACCAAAAAAACCCCAAACAAACAAAACAAAGUCAUUGGGACCUAAGGGCCCAGGGGUUCCAGCUUUUGAGGACUGGUGGCCCAGGUGAACACAGAGAUACAGUUGUGAUGUGCCAUGUUCAGAGCCUCAAGCCUCCCUCAGGGAUCAGGAUCCAGACAAGGACAUCACAGAAAUUAGACAACCGGGGCAGCUGGGCAAGCCUUGCACAUCCCAGACCUGCCAGGGAUCUGCCAUUUCCACAGUCUGAAGAGUCGAUCACUUUUGUAUAUUAAAUAAAGAAAUAAAUCAAUAAAAAUGGGAGGAAGACA